AUGGGUAAAGGAUUGCUGACUUCCGAAGCUCAAGGUAACACUUCGAUUAUUCCUACUUCAUCUUUCGAAACACCUGGUGUUGAUACCACAAUGUCUUUACCACCGUUUCUUAUUCCUACUUCAUCUGAAUUACCUUCAUCAACUCACUCACCUACCUUCAAUAAUAUAAUACACCAACCCAUUACUUCUCUUUUUCAUUCUGAAUCCACUAACCCUAAAAUCGUUAAUGAUGAUGCCACCACUAAUGAUGGUGAGUUUACUGGUACCUUUGUUGAUCUUGAGUUUGAUCUAGAGGAAGAGAAUAUACCCGAUCACAUGUUGAUGAUUGGGAAGAAAUUUAGAAUUCUGAAUAGGAAGAUUAAUUCUUUUCUACAUUUAUAA